AUGAAUAUGCUCAGAUAUUGCUUCUUCGCUGUCCUGAUUCUCAGUGUUUCAAUUCCAUUUGUUUUCUAUGCUGUUAAUUUGCAUGCACAAAAGUCUCUUCGGAGGCUGAACUUCUCGGUGAGCUCAACUUUAGCAGAAGCCUGUGAAGCCCUUAUUGAAGAUAACGUGUCCUUUCUGAAGGAAACCACUUUAAAGACAUCAUUCAGAGAAUCCAGUUGCACGGAGUACAUCACACAGAACCACUACAUCACCCGCGCCCUCUCAGCCGAGGAGGCUGCUUUCCCCAUCGCCUACGUCAUGACCCUGCACAAGGAGUUCGAGACCUUUGAGCGGCUCUUCAGGGCAGUCUACAUGCCCCAAAACGUCUACUGCGUCCAUGUGGACGCCAAGGCACCGGUCCCUUUCCAUCAGGCGGUGCGGCGCCUGGUGGGCUGCUUCCCCAACGCCUUCCUCGCCUCCCGGGCGGAGCGGGUGGUCUAUGGCGGCAUCUCCCGC